UCUAGGCCCUAAUAUUGAAGUCAUAUAGUUUAUGUACCCUUAAAGCAUACCAUAUAAUUUGUUUGUUCUUUUUCACACUUAAAUAUAUCAAACGUUUGUGUCAUACAAGAUUUAACCCGUCACCAGUAACUGUGCUCAUUUUUUAUUUAUAUGUUGUUGUUUUUAUAAGAUUGUACCUGGCACAAAUUUGUACUAUUGUUCAGGUCACUGUGAUUGGUUGAUUUUCAGCUACAGAGCGGAUGCCUUUGUUUACGGAAGUUUCGUUUCACCGUGCUAACCUCAUCUGAUCAUCUCCAUUGUCACGUUUUCAGCGCUGUGGAUGCUUUCAAAAUGCCUAAGAUUGUCGAAGAACGUCGCUAUCCGUUCUGUGUUGACGAGACCAAGUAUGAAAAGCUCGCCAAAAUUGGACAAGGAACAUUUGGGGAAGUCUUCAAAGCUCGGGACAAAAAAACCCAAAGGAUAGUAGCAAUGAAAAAGGUUCUCUUGGAACAUGAAACGGAAGGGUUCCCUAUUACUGCUCUGAGAGAGAUAAAAAUUCUGCAAGUUAUGAGGAAUGACAACAUCGUCAAUUUGCUGGAAAUUUGCAGAGCAAAACCUACACCGUACAGCCAGAGCAAGUCCACAGUGUACCUGGUGUUAGAAUUCUGUGAACACGACCUGGCUGGACUUCUGAGCAACCCCAAGGUCAAGUUUAGCCUGGGCGAGAUCAAGAAAGUGAUGCAGCAGCUGUUCAACGGACUCUACUUCAUACACAGCAACAAGAUUGUACACCGUGAUAUGAAGGCUGCUAACAUCCUCAUCACCAAGGACGGCAAUUUAAAGCUUGCAGACUUUGGACUUGCUAGAGCUUUCAGCAACAAACUGAAGCGCUACACCAACUGUGUUGUGACACUUUGGUACCGCCCGCCGGAGCUCCUGCUGGGUGAGCGCAACUACGGGCCGGCCAUCGACUUGUGGGGAGCAGGGUGCAUCAUGGCUGAGAUGUGGACACGCUGCCCCAUCAUGAAGGGUGGCACGGAGCAGCAUCAGCUUGCUUUGAUCAGCCAGUUGUGUGGGUCCAUUGUUCCUGAAGUUUGGCCUGGUGUCGAGAAACUGGAUCUCUUCACGAAGCUCGAACUGCCUAAGGGUGAAAAGCGCAAAGUCAAAGAACGGCUGGACAAGGUUGUCGGAGAUAAGUAUGCCCUUGACCUUAUGGACAAACUUCUGACCCUCGACCCCUCAAAGCGUGCCAACUCGGACGAUGCCCUGAACCACGACUUCUUCUGGGUGGAGCCGCUGCCCCAAGAUCUCCAGAGUACGCUGUCCCAGCACAACAAGUCCAUGUUUGAGUACCACACACCCGGCAGAAGGAAAGUUAUGGCCCCGCGGCAGCAGCAGCAGCAGCAGCGGCAAGCACUUCAGAAGCCCGCUGUUGUCAGACCGAAGGGACUCAACCCCGACCAGCACGUUGAACCUAUAUUUUAAGGCAAAAUUGUUGGUUCUAGUUCAUUCCAAAUUAGGCACAGUGCUGGUACAUUCAUGAGUUCUUACACACAAAUGAAAAGCUUUGAUAAGUUUUAUUACGGGUAACGAAAGGCUGUCUCAGGUAACAGUUUGAAGACUGUCACCUACUCGUGAAAGUUGAACUUUUGGAUGUAUGGUGAAGGCGCUAAUAGAUUGUGAAUUUUACAUCAGGAAAUGGUAGACUCGCUACUGUAUGAUGAAAGGGAACAUAGGUUUACGGCAGGGAUCAGACUUUUUAACUUCUCCAUCGUUCAGAGAAGUUUGAGGAGUUGAAAAUACUUAAAAUGAUAAAGACACUGCUAUAUGGCGAUAUUGAAAAUAAGUUUAUGGCAGGGCAGAAAAGGCCUUUUAAUUUGAAGCUUGAGGAGUCAAAAGGAGUGCUUACUAUGUUCAUUGGAAGAAUACAGUAUUAUGUGUUCUGUAUCAUAUUAUGUGACAGGGUCACAUUGUUCCAUACACAAAAGUAACUGUUUGCUUGCCAUGGCUCGGGUCCAAAUAUGUUAAGUUGAUUGUUGUGAAACAAAUAGCAUGGUAGUUUGGGAUGAUUAAGUAAUGACUUUUUAAACCUGGUAUAAGUACAGUUGGUAUUGCCCAAGAAGGCCACCCAUCAUUGAGGAGAAAAGUGGUUGUUUUAGACAGGUGACAUCUCGGACAGUGUCUUUAUAACUAUAUUUUUAAAAGCAAGGUGGGAGAUUGGGGUGGACGUUUGGACAAGUGAUUGUCUUGGACAGGUGGCCAUUAGAGAAGUUUUGACUGUAUUUAGAUUAUGGAAAAAAA